AUGACAAGGAAGUUCUUUUUCUUAGUUUUAAUUGCUGUUGGAUCAAUCUCUUUUCUAUGUCUAGAAGCUGAUGCCAAGAAAGUAGUUUCAAAAGUGGGGAGGAAAGAAAAAAUUGGCAAUCAGCAUGUAGUGGUGGCACAAAGCAGCAGAAGGCUAGAAAAUGAAGAUGAAGAGAAAGUAGGAAAGUUUGGACAUGGACCAGGUGUUAGUUGUGAAGAGAAUGAAGAAACUGGUGAUGAUGAAGAUGGAGAGAAUGACAAAGAUGGUGAUGGUGAAUGCAGCGAAGAUGAAGAGUGCGGCAAAGAAGAUCAUGAUGGAGAUGAUGAAGAUGGAAAGUGUGAAGAAGAUGAGUGUGACAAAGAUGCUGAUGAUGGAGACAAUGAAGAUGGAGACAAUGAAGACGGAGACAGCGAAGAAGACGGUGACGAAAAUGGGGGAGGAGAUGAAGACGACGAGGACGAAAAUGGGGGAGGAGAUGAAGACAACGAGGACGAAAAUGGGGGAGGAGAUGAAGAUCUUGGAGUUGCUAAUCUUAAAAGACCUCCAUCUUCAAGGGAGGUUCAUGGCCCUCCCAAAUAA